AUGUCUUCACCUUUCACUUCCAACGGCAACAAUACUUCUUCAGAUGUCGUAACUCCUACCACGCCUCUUCAUAUCUCGACCCUUCCCGUCAGUUCAGCUGCUGCGAGAUCGAUUCUCGAAGUUGUCAUGUCUACUCGCGGAAGCGCUGAACGUGACCCCGUGUCGAUCCCUUUAACUGCCCACCCGGGUGUCAAGGAAGGCAAAGACCAGUGCAUGAAGUGUGGCAUGAUUGGGCACCGUACUUAUCAAUGCGCUGAAUAUUCAACUUCCGCCGAAUCGAUCCCAGACUGGCGCCGUACAACUAACGGUAAGAUCUACAGUGUCAAGGCAUUACUCGGUAUGCAUCCUUACUGCAAGUGGACUAUGGACACGGUAUUGGAAGAUUCCUCAAGUCAAAACCUUGAUGAUAAUAACCCAUCGGCCACACCCACCCCUGUCCCUACGAGUGUCGCAUCCAAGGCUUCAAAUGACAAUUUGACCAACUUGACUUCGAAAGAUGAUUCGACCAAUUUACCUGCAAACGAAGAUUCCAGUGAUUUAGAUAUUGAAGCCAUGUAUUUCGAAAUUGGUCGUUCAGUCACUUCCGCAUGGACCAAGGGGAUUGAUAUCAGUCCUCCAUCCCCCACCCCUCCCGCUACCUCGUCUUCACCAUCUGUGGUGGUGAACCCAAAUCAAGAUUCUCGAUCAAAGGCAAAAGUCUCUCUCCACCAAGCUUUCAAUCCGUUGGUAACCCCAUGGAACGAUUGGUGCGAGAUUUGGAAUUGGAUCCCUGAAAGUGUUAAUGAUAAACACCAUCGAAAUCAAAUACGUUGUGUGAUCUUUGUACCUGACUUUGAGGAGCAAAUGGAUCAUUCAGGCUUAAAAGUCAUUUUCGAAGAUGAAGAUGACGAGCAAACUCUACAUGCACUCACCAAUCCUAAAGUUCCAUCAAAGAAACUUAGCGCCUCAGGCGUGGCCUCGAUCAAACUCACACCGGUGCAAAAUGAACCGGAUGCCAAGUUGAUCCUAAAGCGUCAAACAACUUGA